AUGCGUUUAUUUUUUGUUGUUCUGGCUAAACCUCUUGGUCAAUCGUCCGCAGUUCACAUUACUGAAGAGAAUAAUACUAUUGGUGGUAAAACAUUCCAUGAAAACGAACUCACCAUUUUUGAACUCAAGAAAUUGAUAUGGAAAGAGUUAUACGGGGGUGAAGUAGGUUCUAACAGGGUUAAUCAAUGGACGCUAUGGAAAGUCAAAGAUCUUAUCGAAGGAGACGAGAAGUGGAAGGCACUUGAAGAUAUUGAAGAUAUUGAAGAUACUAUGGGUCUUAAAGAAGUUUUUUCCGCUGACACUCCGAAAGGUGUGAUCCACAUCCUCGUGCAACCUCCACCUUCCGCCACCACUAACGUGCCCAAAGUCAAGGGAAUAUCAAGACUAGGAGGUCUUGGAGGAACAAAUAUGAAAAGAAAGGAAGAUGGUUUAUGCUACGAAGGUCUUGAUCUUACUCACAUUGAAAAUGUAUGUCAGAGAAAGCCGACAAUUAAGAGAUUACUUGAUGAUCUGUUUGAGAAACGUAUUAUUCUAAUUCGAUCGCCAUCAAUGGCCGGUAAAACGUCACUUUCACAACUACUGGAAUAUAAUAUUCUUCAAUCAGAUGAAGCGAAGAAAGGAUCUAGAUGUGUAUUUCGCAUUUCAUUAUUGUGGAUGGUUAAAUACGUAGACGAAUGGACAUUUGCAGAAGGAUUCAAAAUACUCAUGAAUAUGAAAUGGGAUGAAUUUAUACAAUUAUCAUUUGCUUCUUGCGGACACUACGGCGCUUACAUUAUUCAUGGAGAUCAUUCAGUUAUGGAUAUUUCGCCACCAUCUAUUCUUCAUAAGAACAACACAUGGGGAUUUGCAGAUGUUCGUUUUACUAAAGAGGAGUUUGAUGAUUACUUUAAUCAAUUAUGUGAAAUGCGUCUUCGAAUGUUAAAAAAAGAUGACAUUCCAUUUCUUCGGAAUUAUGUACGUGAGAUAACAGCUUAUCAUCCUGGAUUUGGUAAAGGUAAGGAUGGCCGGCUUUUUGAACGUGUAUGGCAAAUGGAAUUCUACCGUGCAUCAUUACAAGUUCUUCCUGAAGACAUAUAUCCUUCCGUUGAUGUUGGAAAAGCAUUUGGAUCAAAGGGAUAUGUGGAUUUUUAUGUAAAUGAUAAGUGUAAUUGGGCUAUUGAACUAUUGAGAGAUGGAGUAAAGUUAAAUGAGCAUCAACAGAGAUUUCACAUAUAUGUUCCUAUUCUUAGACACACAAAACAGUGGGCGAUUAUUGAUAUUCGGGAUGGUAAUAUGAAAGCUUCAGAGUCAGAGAAACGUGAAAGAAAUGAUAUUUAUGUUAUUUGUGCCGAAAAUUUUGAAACUGUUCAGUUGGUGUAUCCUAAUGGAGAUGAAGAGGAUAUUUGGUUACUAGGCAAAGAAAAUUUGCUUGGAUAUGAUUUAUCAGAAUUUUUAGACGAUCAAGAUUAUCAAAUGGAAAUAAUGGAAAUUGAUUACUAA